AUGCCAUCACUGAGAGCCCAAACUAGACAGCCUGGUAUCAGGAAAGGAGCAUGGACUGUAGAGGAAGAUGCUCUUCUCAGGAGGUGUGUCGAAAAGUAUGGUGCCACGGAGUGGCGCCAUGUCCCUCUGAGGGCAGGCUUGAAUAGGUGUAGAAAGAGUUGCAGACUCAGAUGGCUGAAUUAUCUCAGGCCGGGCAUUAACAGAGGGAGCUUUGGGGAGGAUGAGACUGAUCUUAUUGUUAGGCUUCACAAGCUAUUAGGAAACAGGUGGUCCCUAAUAGCAGGCAGGCUUCCUGGCCGGACUGCAAAUGAUGUUAAGAACUACUGGAACUCUCAUUUGAGCAAAAAGCAUGAUGUUAGAGAUCAUAAAGAGAGGAGCAAGCAUGACGACAAAGUCUUGAAGCCACGACCUCAAACCAUUCCUAGGACUUGGAUUUGGUCAAGGGAUCACCUAUCUUCUGCAAGCGAAAUCCAGCAAGAAGAAUCUGAAAUGCAAGAAAUACCAUCUUCUUCAAAGAAUCAUAAAACAUGGGUGGAUGCUCAGAUCAUUGGUGUGCCAAAUGUUGAAAAUGUUAUAACAAAGGAAAUGCAAACUGACAACAGGGUCAUCCAAGAUGACAACAAAGAUGACGAGUCACUUACAGGAGUCGGAGGUUGGGAGGACUUGCUUCAGGAUAUCGAUAUUUGGGGAGACUUAGGGACCAUAUGA